AUGGGCGACGCGUCGCUGAACGACACGGCUGCAGGUGAUUCCUUUCUGCCGUCCACCUCCAAUGGCCGCCUUCGGAGUGCCAAGUUCAACGAAUGCGUGACGUAUUGUGAUCCGCUGGUGUUGACGCAGCUUUGGAAGAUCGAAAAUUUUCACACCAUCCUCAAGCUGUCACGGCCCGGGCAGUGCUUCCGCAGCCAAGUUUUUCGUGAUCAGCAAUUGCCGGAUGUCUGCUGGCAGCUGUGCCUUUACCCGAAUGGCAAGCGAGAGGAGAACAAGGACAAUGUUUCGCUCUUCCUGAAGAUGUCGGCCACUGUCCCCAACAAAGAGGUGCUGGUGAAGGCCGAAUAUCGUUUCUACUUCCUCGACGACCAGGAUCAUCCCCGCUUCAGCAACGUGAACAUAGGCGACUUCCACGCCAAGCCACCGAAGGGCGGUCACUCGUGGGGUCUGCGCAACAUCCCGAAGCAGAAGGUUGCCUCCGCCGUCCGCCAAGACAAUUCCCUGGUCGUCUCUUGUAUUAUCGAAUUGAUGCCGGAUGUCAAAAAUAUCGUGUGCAAGCGUGUCUCGGCCCACAAUCCAUUUACCUUUGAAGAAGUCAGCCAAACCCAUCUGCAAGAGGAGCACGCAUUACUGAAAUCCGGCGAGGGCAGCGAUUUCACCGUUGUUGUCGACAACACGGAAAUCCCCGUCCACUCACACAAAUUGUGCGCCCACUCUGCUGUCUUUCGCGCGAUGCUGAGCCAUGGGAACAUGCAGGAGACAAAGGAUCGGACCCUGUCGUUGGAAGCCGAUCCGACGGCCGUCAAGCUUAUGCUCGAGUACAUCUACUGCGGGCGCAUCGUUUCCGAGGCGUACUGGGAGAACUUCUUGAAUGUGAUGAUCUUGGCUGAGAAGUACGAAAUCCUCGACCUCAAGUCGGUCUGCGAACAGCAGUUGAUAAGCUCUACCGUGAGGGAUAAUGUCUGUGAAAUCUUGCCGCUUGCUGAGUUCCAUCGGGCCAACACUCUCUACGACCACUGCCUCAGCGUGGUUGCCUCCAACAAAAAUGGGAUCACGAAGACCGAGACGUGGAAGCGCUUCAGGGAAGAACACCCGCGCUUAUGUGCCGAAGUACUCGAGUGUGUGAUCGAUGCCGGCCAGAGCCCCCCUCCGCCCAAGCGAAGCCGAGGCAAUUUCAUCGCUCCGAUCGGA